CGGCGACGGCCUUUUCUCCCAUAACGCCUGAGUCACGUGGCUCUAGAUUAAGUGAAGGUCGUGAGGGAAAAGGCACCUUUUUGUCGCCGGGGUUCUCAUUCCGGCCGAUAUGUUGACUACCACCAUCCGCCGUUUCGGCACCUCCGCCCUUCGGCGGAUGCAUUACGAGGAUGGGCCGGGAAAGAAUCUCCCAUUCUCUGUUAACAACAAAUGGAAAUUGUUAUUCGGAACCUUUAUCUUUACCAUAACUGGUAUUGGUGGUCCCUGUUUUAUUGUAAGGCAUCAGCUGCUUAAGCAAUGAAUAUGUUGUAACAGGUUUCCUCACAGUGGGGAUGUUAACUAGCUGUGUACAAAGUUAUCUGCAACCUUCCCAAAUUGUUCCGAUGAGUGAAGCAUGAAAGGACAUAACAGCCAAGAUGGUGCUCAGCUGGCAAUGGCAUCAUAGCUCCAGAAACGUCUCGUUGUGAUGUUGCAGAAGGAAACACUGAAAGGAAAAGCGUUACUGUGAUGCAGCAGGAAUGCUUGUGCCAAUUAUUAAAUUAAAGGCAUAAGAUGCAUUACAGCCUCCCAGUAUUUUCUCAAUGCCAAAAGAAACACAAUUGCUGAGGCAGCUGGCAGCUGCAAUAUCAAGAUUUAAUAGAGGCCUAACUGCAGGCAGUACUGAAUAAUAAAUUCUAGCACACACAUCUCUUCCCUUAGCACAAAAAAAAUUGUGGGGAGGGGGGGAGAGAAUUGGAGUGGUAUAGCUGAAUUCUCUAAGUGAAUUCUUGCCUCUCCCCAUUUAUUCACUGUCUACCCACUCUUAAACACAUUACGCUUCUCCCAUAUCUGUCCUCUUAGGGCAAGGGUGUCAAAUUUGUGGCAUUGUGUUGCUGUCACAUGAUGUUUCAUGACUUUUUUCCCUUCGCAGAGCUGGGGUGGGCAUAGCUUGCAUGUGAUGCACCCCGUCCGCAGAUCGACACCCCUGUCUUAGGGAGUUCUCUCUAUCAUAUUUUUACUUACCCAUGAAUAAAAUAAAAAAUUAUACCCAUAAAAUAAAAUUUAAAAAAAAAUUACUCAUUCAACAGCCCAUUAAACCAGCGUAUUCCAUAUAGUAGAUUGCCCUGUAAGUAAACCCUUCUUUGUAUAUAGUUUUUAAUCCCAUAAACCUCCAAAAUGGAAGAGAGUCACCAUGGCUUACCAAAUUAUUUGCUUCUGAUCUCACUUGCAACACAGUAGUUCUUUGUUUUCCAUCAUGAACCAAACAGGUGGUACUAGUUUCCACAACUUGCAGUUGCUCAUCUCUUCUUUUCUCUUUUUUCUCUAUAUCUUGUUGUCUGGUUGACUUUUUCUUGCUUUCUUUCUUCUCGCAAUGAUGGCUGACAUUUUGUCAGUGAGAUUUCAACAAUAGCACUAUAAAAUACAAGGUUUUAUUGUGCUGUCUUAUAACAUGAUAUUACAAUGUGCUUCACUCAUAUAUAGG